GGUGAAGGGGAGGGAGGAAGCAUGUGGUACUUAAGCGGGGUGCUAGCGGGGGGGUUUGUUGGGAGCUUUAUAACUCUGGCAGGUAGGAGCUCACCGCACAACACGCGCAGCAUAGUGAAGAGAACACACCGGCACCUCGAUCGCUUCUUUCCUUUCUGCAGCGAUACAAUGAGAGGCUUGCUGGCUACAGUGACACUGGUGGUGGCGGCGACGGUAUGCACGGCGGGGACCUUGUAUGAUAAUCGGUGUCCCAGAAACUUCGACCUGGCCGCUGCGAUCUUCCCUGUAGGUCAGAGUCCUAAACCUUGUUACACAACCAAAGACUGUCCCUUGGGACAACUGUGCUGCCCAGCCCUCUCCUCCUCGACCGACUUGUGUCUGUUUCCCAGGAGCGGUAAUGGGCCUUUCCCCGGCAGCGGCCAUAUCCCUCAUUCAAACGGCCAAAACCCUCUUGUAAACGGCCAAUGCCCCGCCAACUUCAGGCUCGCAGCAGCUACAUUCCCAGUCGGUCAGGGCCCCUCGCCUUGCAGUAUAACCAGGGAUUGCCCUCUGGGACAACUCUGCUGCCCGGUCAUUGAUUCAGUAUCCGACCUUUGCCUGCCUCCCGAGUCCGGUUUCCCAGGAGGCCACAUCCUCAACAACAAGCCUGUUGUUUUCCCAGGACAAGUUGCUUCUCAUGUUCACCAAGGCAGGUGCCCCCCUGCUCUCAACCUCGCCGUGGUCCGCUUCUCUGAAGGUCUGCCCAUAUACUGCAAGACAGCAAGAGACUGUCCCUAUAGACAACUGUGCUGUCCGGCUAUCAAUCCUACCUCCACUAUCUGCCGUGACCCCGCUCACCACUAGAAGCUUAAACAGUUUGGUGUUUGGAACGUAAUGACAUGCGCUUCCACAUCCCUUGAUCUUGUUUUUGAAUGAAUAGUUGAUGUUAAGUUUAUUUAAUUCUCAAUCAACUGCUUACUUUUUUUUCUGGAAAGAGUGGUUGUUUGGACUCUUGAAUAAAAUAUAUUAUGAA